AUGCCGAAGAGCAUGAACCUGCGCGUUCCGUCGAGACGCCAGUAAAGGUAGAUGAUGGCAAAGAUAACACGGAAGACUUGAGACUUCCGUUCCCCCUAAGCGUGCCUGACUCCCGACUCAGGAGCCGUUCAAUAUCCCCUCCUGGUUCGACGAAGGCCAUGGUUGAUGUGGGCCCGAAAUCUCGAAGCAGGCCUACCUCGCCCGAAUCGAACCGACAGCGACAGUCGCUUCGUGCCACUGAUGGUGACCGAUCACGGCGACUCUCCAUGCUUCAAGAUUCACCCACAGCUAUUCCACUACAAUUCCGUCAUCCGCCCUCGAUAUCGCCUACAGGCCACCGCUCGCCAUCUGUUGGUUCUCCCGAGCCGCCUGCUCCAUCACUCAGCUCCCCACCUGAGAGACGUGCUCGGCGAAGAUCAAUGGAAUUUGUGAACUCGCGCGAGAUCAUGCCGUUAUUCCUUGUCGAGCAGAAUGGGCAGCACCAGCACCCUAUCGAGGGGCAACUUCCAUCAUUGCCGUCGAGUAAGAGUUCGUCAAGGACUUCAUCGCCAGUAAAGAAUCCAGGGCCGGAUGAAAAAGACUGGGAAGUGGUUGAGCCGAUUCAAGAUGGGAAUGUUGAAGAGGAGUCGAAGCCUGAGUCUUCCACCGUCAUUCCUUCUCAGGAGCCCGCUUCGAGCCAAGAGGAGCAACCUAAGUCUGAGCCGUCUACCGUGAUUCCUCAAGAAAUCGCUGCUAGCCAAGCGGAGCAAUCCAAGGCUGAUCUAUCGACCUCUGCUCAAGACUCCGAUGAGCUGGAAAAAGAGGGAGAGGGGAAUAUCUGCAGGGAGUUGGAAGCCGGAGAACCAAUCGACGAGCCACUCCCGCCCCUCCCGUCCAGCCAUGGCUCCCUUAACGCAUCGGUAGAGGACUUGAGUGUUGUUCCCGAUGUGCAAAGCUGGAAGGUGCUUGACCUGACCCACGAUAUGCACCCUAAGGAGGAAGCCAAGCCUGAUCUCACGACUCGUUCUGAGGAACGUCGUGGCGAGGAAGAUUAUGCGAAGGAGAUCGAGAAGCCGGAGACUCAAGAACCAAUUGAUGAACCACUUCCAUCACUCCCGUCGAGCCAUAGUUCAUUAAACUCUCCGGCAAGGAACCUGGAAACUGAUCCAAAUGAGAAAAACUGGAAGGCAUUUAACUUAACCCAGGAUGUCCACCCUAAAGAGGAGGUCAAGCCUGGUCCGUCUCCAGAACCCAGUGGUGAGGAGGAGCUGAAGGAGAAGGAUAAAGAUGAAAGGGACAUUCAAAAGGUUGAAGCCCAGGCACCAAUUGAUGAGCAGUUUCCAACUCUCCCGCCGAGCAAUGGUUCACUCAAUACAUCGGUAGAAGAUCUGAGCGCUGUCCCUGAUGAGCAAACCCGGGACCCAGCCGACUUAACCGGAGAUACCCCGUUUGAGGAGCAGCUGAAGCCUGAGCCUUCGAUCUCGACACCUGCACUCCAGUCCGAGGAUCGAUCCAAGCCAAGUUCUCCGAUCAUAAACCCUUCUUGUGAACCCACUGACGGUGACAAGACGGAGGAAGAAAGCGGAGCAAAGGACAUAAGUGAAAAAGCAUUGACCCAAGAGCCAGUCAAUGUGCCACUUUCACCACUCCCCUUAAACAAAGGCUCAUCGUUGAACGCGUCGGUUGAGAACCUCGUCCCAGGUGAGGAAGACUGGAAUCCGAUAGAUCUGACACAAGCGGUUCAUGAGGAGCAGCCUGAGUUUGGUCUCUCUUUCAGGGAACCCGUUGAUGAUGAUGGGGAAAAGGAGAAUGAAAAGGCAAAGGCCCCGGAGCCAAUUGACGGACAACUUCCAACCCUCCCAAGUAACGGCUCAUCUCUCAACGCGUCGGUAGAGUACUUGCGUGCUGUUCCUGGUGAGGACAGCUGGGACAUGGUAGACCAACCUGAUGUCCCAACCUCGAUUCCUUCUCAGGAGCCCGUCCGAGACCCAGAUUCUCAGCCUGAAGAAAAACCCAAAUCUGAGCUCUCAAUUACAUUCCCCUUCCAAGAACCUGCCAUGCAUCAAGAGACCCAGCCAGAGGAUCAUCAACAAUUUGGUCAGAUCUCGUCUCAGGAAACUGUUCCGAACCAGGAUCCUCAGCCAGAAAACAGACCCAAGUCUGAGCUCACAAUAAAAUUCCCUUCCCAGGAGCCUGCUUUGAAUCAAGAGGCUCAACCAGAGAAGCAGUCUGAACGUGGUCUUUCAAUGACGCCUCAUUAUCUGGAGCCCAUUCUAGAAGAGGCUGAGGACGAAGUGCAGCCUAACCCGUCAACUACAAUCCCUUCUCAACCCGCUCUGAACCAAGAUGCUCAAGUUAAGGUCGAGCCCCGGCCUGACUCAUCGAUCACGAUUUCCCAGGAACCCAGUGAUGAUGACUUGGAGAAGGAAAAAGAAAAGGACAAGGAGAUAGAGAAAGCCCUCCCAGAUGCUCAGCAAGAACCGCCCAUCGAAGAAACAGCCUACAAGGAUCCCACUUCGCCUGAAAUAGGAGAGAAAGAUACAAGCGGCUGGAAAAUGGUAGAACCGAUUCAAAAUGCUCUGCCUGAGGAGCAGGCUGAGCCGGAUUUCUCCAGUACAGCUCCUUCUCAGCAACCAGCCCGGAGACAAGACGCCCAGCUUGAUCGACCGCGUGGUCUCUCCGCCACACCUUUUCAAGAAGCGGCUGGCAAGGAAGAAUUGAAGGAAAAGGGAAAGGAGAAAGCGACGGAUUUCUCAGACGCUCAGCAGGAACAACCUACCAGAGAGACAGUCGAGAAAGAUAUCCCUCCGCCCUACGAGAGUCAUGAGGAAGACGAGGCAGUAAACCCUCACCAAGAAGUCCGGCCUGAGCCCCAGCGAAAGCCUAGUCUCUCCAUUGCCAUUCCUUCCCAAGAUUCCGAAGACGAGCUGGAGGAGAAGUACGCAAAAGCAAGAGAAAAGGAUACGGACUUCCAUGAGUUCGACACCAUCGACGAAGAAUGGACCGCGUCCGAGAUAAUGAGGGAGAGAGAAAGACAUAAGCACGAAUUCGACAUCCACUCUCCCGCUGAACUUCUUUGGGAUCCUCACAAGUACUUCAUCACGCCUCGGCCUUUUGGAGGGACGGGAUCUCGUUCGUUCGGUGGAAGUCUAGCGCCCAGGUCCUAUGAGCCGCCAAAGAUCCAAGACGAUGACAUUGACAUCUCUGACCCGGAUGAGGAUAUCUCUCCUCCCAAGUCGGGGCCUUCUGGUCUGCCAGAAAAGGAAAUUUCUGCGCCAGAGUCGGCGGAAAUGACAGCAUCAAUUCGGGAAGAGAAGUCGGAGAACUCUGAGGACAUGGGCAUUGCGGGCACUCGUGAUGAAGAAGAGCAACCGAAGAAGACUAUCCCAGAAACUCGGCAUGCUCACGUUGGGGAGGACAAAGCGAUCGUACCUGACAUCGAGCUUACGCCACCGAUAAAGGAUGCAAUCGUUCCUACGGUUCCAGUUACGGCACCCAAGGAAGAGGAGCAGACAUCAUCAACUCCUGACUUCGGUGGCGUCGCUGAUGCAACUGUUGCUGCGGCAGUAAAUGCAAGAGAGAGUCAUCCCACCCUAGAGGCUCAGUCCGAUGCCAAGGAGGAUGAGCCGGCUGUCCCUGAGGGGGGAGUUGCGAGAGAUCUACCUGUGGAGCCAAAGGGUGACCUGAACUCCGAGAUACCACCAGCGGAGGAGUCUACUGCUACGACUGAGCUCGAUUUUCUGGACGCAAGCCAGCAGUCGGAGGAUGGGCAAGAGCCUUACCGCACUUUGUCCCCUAUAAUGGAAGAACCAGACCUGGAAUCCGAAAGGUCGCAAAGCGUGGAUAUAGCGCAUGAUGAGCAGACCCCUACUCAAGAAAGUGAGGAGAUGGAAUCGGCAGCACCUACUGCUGAAGACAAGUUUGUAUCACGGGAACCGCUUGACAAACAAUACCCUGUACCCGAGGUAGAACCGGCGGCCACCGCGCCAGAAACUGAACGUGGCCCAGGUGUCAUCACCGAAAACGUGCAGAAUACUGGUGAAGCGAGCCAGGAGGCCCAGCCAAGCGAUGAGGCCCAGAGUGUUACGACGGAGACCGCGACUUCUCGAGACGGGUACGCCGAGUCAACCCAGGACUCCGGUACUGAUUUCUGGGACGCCGUUGAAAAGCAUGAGGAGGGAGAGGGAAGCAUUGCUUCGUCACUCGACCGUCCAAUUGAUACAUCGGAACCACCCACUCCACGCGAAUGGAGGACUGAAGCAUCUUUCGAACCGGAAGUGCCUGCUCAAGAUGUUCAUGUUAGCCCCGCCGAAGAGUUUUCGAGAUCUACUCCUGUCGAGGAAGAAAGGCAGGAUGCUCGUACGAAGCCGGAGGACCAGCUCCUCGAGAAGACAGGAAACAACACACAAGCUCCGAUUGAAGCCCAGGACGCAAUUUCCCGGUCUGGGACUGCCUGCGACGAGCUGCAGCGACAAAUCGAGCCUGCAGUUGCUGACAGCGAGCAAGUACCAGGUAAAUUGCCCGAGAAGGCCGAGCAACUCAUCGCAAAUGAACCCGAGGGUCUCGUGAAAUCUGCAUUGGAAGUAAACCCGGAGGCGGCCGCGGAUAUCGAAACGCUUGCAAAUGCGGCUGAAAAGUUCCCUCAAGCAAAAUCAAAGGAGGAGUACGAAAAGGAUCGCAAGUUCUUUUCUUCCUUAGAGCCCCUGACAGAGACAGAAGCCGAACACUUCCAAUCGGUUGAUGCUGCGGCGGGGGCGGGGACGUUUGAAACAAGCGGUGAAGUCCCAGCUACUGAUGCACGCCAUCAGAGCCCCGAACCUGCGGGUGCUCGAGACGUUGAACUGGUGGUACCCGCAGCAAGCGAGAGCGAAUUAAUUGCGCCUGUGGAGAAAUUGGAGUCCAAUAUUGCCGCACAUGGACCGUUAUCGCUUAAAGCUGAACAGACACCUGCGUCUGCACUAUCGGAACCGGGAACCACACCGGAAGACAAACAAGAGAUGGAGGAUAGCGGGGAAAGAAGCAAACAUGGGUUUCCCUCGGCCACCCUCGAUAAUGCUGCGUCUAUCGAACUACCACCAUCCCGCCACGCAGAAAUCGCAGAAGUGGACGUCCCCACUGCCACAUCUGACAUAUUACCAUCCUCUGUCACACCAACCGAGGAACCAAACCAGAAACAAUUGAUUGAAAGAGAGAUGCCUCGUUCUAUCGCAGACAGUGAGAGCCUUGCCGAUGUAGUGACGGCGGCCCAAGAGGGAAAAGAGAAAAAGGAGAGAAGAAAGGAGCAUCACGCUGCAUCGCUAGAUGAAUCUGUCCCGGCGACUCCGCAAGAUGAAACUGCUUCGAUAGACGAAAUUUUUCCUGUUAAGGCACCUUCGGUCGAGGAAGAUAAUGACAUUGCCCAUGAGCCGACCGAAGUCAUUCCAGAACAGCCUAGAGAUGACGUCCCGCCCGCAGAUAUCGAGCAUACACAAACUCCCGAGACAAGCGUUGAACAAAACCCACCCAAAAGCGAUGCACCAAUUUAUCCGGAAGCUACUAGUGUGCAGGGGCCUAUUGCGGAAGCCGAACCCAUCCAAGAAAAGGCCCAAGACGAAAGUGCACCUACAGUGGAAACCUCUGGUACAACUGGUGAGCCAACCGUAACAGAGCCGAAGCUUACUCAGGAAGAGCGCGAUAUCACUGCCAGCAUGGAGCCGGUUUCGACAAGCUCGGGUUACGUUGAGGAAGCACCGAAGGAAGAUCCGGCGGUGAAUACCGAUGUCACCGCUUCUGCCCAGAAUCCAACUGUGAUUGAACCGAGCUCUGCAAAGGAUGUGCCCCAAGACGACGCGGUGCAUGUUCAAGACCAAACUGAGAGCGCCGCGACUGUUACUGAGAAUUUCCAGGAGCUUCCAAGUCUCGAAAAGAACAAUGAAGAGGCACCAGUCACUGAACCGCCAAGUCGCACGAACUCGAAAAAGAACAAGAAAAAGCACCGUCGCUCGGCCUCGUCAGAAGUUAAGCAGCCUACUCCUGCUGAAGACGUGACAGACACCCCUUCUAUUGACGUAUCUUCCGAAGCACCUGCCGCCUCGCAAGCAACUGAAGAGAAGCCUGUCGAAAGUCCAGUGACUGAGACCCAAAAGGGGCUCCACCCUACUAUGUCCAAGAAACAAGCUAAGAGGGAGCGAAAGAAGCGCAGGUCAAUGGGCCAAUCACCUGAUGAGCUUCCUGUAGAGUCCGCGCAGCCCACUGCCGUGCACGAAGCGCCCGCUCAAGUGCUGCAACAGCAGGCCCCGGCGCAAAAGGAUGACGAGUCUAUUGCACAAGAAGUUCAGCAUAUCAAAGAAAAGGAGGAGGCAAAGUCUGAUCUUAAAGCUCGGCCAUUUGAGUCAAAAGAAGCAGGAUUACUCAGUCCUACAUCUGAAGCAGCUCAAGUGAAGGAACCUGAAGGAUCCACACUACACCCUGCAGGUGCUGAGGACACCAGCUCCUUGCCAGGAGAUGCAAAGAAUAAAGUCAGACACCACAGAAGACGCCGGUCCAGAAUCCUAGAGCAGCUCGCCGAAGCCGAAGCCGAGCGAGAGCGAGCAAAACAAGCUUCAACCAAAGAAAAUCCCACGGGAACGUUGCCUGUGACCGAGUCCAAGCCUACUGCACCUGUUGAGGAUUCCGAUAGAACAAGGACGAGAAGCCCCUUUCGCUUUCCCUUCCUCGGAACAGGUUGAUGACAACCAGGUAGCACCUGCUCUGAACGAAGAGCCUCUUGCCCAGCAAUCACUAGAGGAACCUCAAGCUUCCGCUAGACCUACAGAGGUGAACAAGGACAUGGAAUCUCAGGCAGGUCACGACAGUCAAGUCGAGCAAUGCACUCAAGAAUUGGCGCCCAC